AUGGCGGCGGCCUCCAGCCUCUCCAAGGCCGAGUACCUGCGGCGGCGCUACCUGGAGGGCGGCGAUGCCGAGGCGGGCAAGAAGCGGCGGCGGAAGAAGGCGGCGGCGGCGGCGGGCCGGAUGCGCAUCGUGGAUGACGACGACGUGAGCUGGAAGAGCCGGCCUGCCGACGAGGGCAAGGAGGAGGAGGAAGAGGCGGACGAGAGCGACCUGCCCGUGGUGGCUGAAUUUAUUGACGAACGGCCAGAUGAAGUUAAAUGGAUGGAAACUUUCCGAGGAAGUAACAAAUGGAAGUUAUUAGGAGAUCAAAAUGAGGAGCCAUCGUUUGGACAUUCUACGGCAACUGCAUCAAUAAGCAGUUCAGAAACCUCCAGAACAAAUGAAAAAAAGCAUUUGUUGGACCAGUCCCCGCCUAGGAGAGCCCGUCAUGCCCAGCCUGAUCUGUCCCCUAAAAGAGAGCCGUCAGCAGGAGGCACACAUCGUGUCAAAGGUUCGAGUGGAAGCCAGCGUGAAUUGUUCUCAGACGAACGCUCAGCUGGCCAGAAGUAUAGGGCAACGGCUGGUGCGGAUGGGUCGCUGCCUUGCAAGAAAGCAUCUCGCCCGGAGGGAGACUUGCUGCUACCUCAGAAGGGGCUGCCAUCCAGGAGCACCCGGCAGUCCCAGCCAACAGCAGCAUCACCAAGGAAGCGGCAGAGACAUGAUUCGGAAUCCAGUUCUGGCUCUUCUACGACGAGGAGGAGAGCUGAAGCCACCACAGAUUCAGACCUUUCCCCACCCCGGGCCACAGGCAGACCAGGCACACGGCGACCAAAUUCUCCUGAUCUCUCCCCUCCUAGAAGGAAUCGGCACAGAUCUUCAGAUUCGGACUUAUCUCCUCCCCGAAGAGGAGCAGAAGCAAAAAAGAAAGGUCACAGGUCCAGGAGUCCCUCGACUGUCUUGCCACGUCAUCAGGCCACGGAGUCCAACGGGAGCAGCCAGAGGAUGCUGUCGGGGGGCAAAGCGGGCUUGGUAUCGGCUGAUCUGUUGAGAAUGGAGCAGCAGGAACACAAGAAGGCUGGCAGCAGCAACAAUAGCAAACAUCUGGAGGAUGAAUCUCGGCACGCAAAGACAGUUUUCCGGGAUGAGAUGGGCCGUAAGAGGGACCUGAAGCAGGAGCGGCUGGAGCUGCGCAAGAAAGCAGAAGAGAAGUCGGAGCGAGACGAGCAGUAUGCCAAGUGGGGCAAAGGCCUGGCACAGAGCAGGCAGCAGCAGCAAAAUGUGGACGAUGCAGUGAAGGAAAUGCAGAAGCCCCUGGCGAGGUACAUCGAUGACCAGGACUUGGAUCAGAUGCUGCGGGAGCAGGAGCGAGAAGGAGACCCCAUGGCCGACUUCAUGAGGAAGAAGAAGGUGGCCAAGGAGGGGCAAGGCGCCAAAGAAAAGCCAAAGUACAACGGGCCAGCACCCCCACUGAACAGGUUUAACAUCUGGCCAGGCUAUCGCUGGGAUGGAGUAGACAG